AAGGACCCACGCAGCACACUCAUCCAAACACAUACUGAUUUAUUAACCCGCUUCUCCCCAAAAUUCUUCUUUUUUUUUUUUUUUCCCGUUCUAUAUCUAGGGCUUUCAUCUGCAUUGUAAACCCUAGAAAUCCAACCAUUUACCCUAAAUUUCCUUCCAAUUCAUCUCAUUUUCUCCCAGAUCUUUUAAUUUUAAUCAUGCCUAGAGGCGACGAUUACGAAGACGACGACGAUUUGGAUCCCGAAGAUGAAGACGAGUAUGGCGAGAAUCUUUACAACGAUGACGAAGUUGAAGAGGAAGAAGAUGAUGACUAUGGCGGCGGUAAAGGUAAAGGUAGCUCUAAAAAGCGUGGAAGAUCGGAGUUUAUCGAUGAUUUUGCUGUAGAAGAUGAUGAGGAGGAAGAAGAGGAUGAAGGUGUUUAUCCCGGUGCACGCCGCCAAAAAAAGAAUCGCGGUAGUGGGUUUAUCGAUGAUAUAGCCUAUGAAGUUGAUGAUGAGGAUGAGGAGGAAGAAGAAGAAGAAGAUGAUUUCUUUGUGGAUACUUCAGCGGAUAUUGCGGAUGCUGACAGAAGGAUGCAUCGGCGACCUUUGCUUCCAAGAGAGGAUCCGGAAGAAGAUGUUGAAGAUCUCGAAAGGAGAAUACAGGAAAGAUAUGCUCGGUCAAGUCAGGUAGAGUAUGAUGAAGAGACCACAGAUGUGGAUCAACAGGCCCUUCUGCCAUCUGUCAGGGAUCCCAAGUUGUGGAUGGUGAAAUGUGCGAUUGGCCGUGAAAAGGAGGUAGCUGUGUGCCUCAUGCAAAAAUUCAUUGAUAAAGGAUCCGAAUUGCAAAUUCGUUCUGCUGUAGCCCUUGAUCAUCUGAAGAAUUUUAUAUAUAUUGAGGCUGACAAAGAAGCCCAUGUUAGGGAGGCAAUCAAGGGAAUGCGCAACAUUUUCCCGAACAAAAUAACACUUGUCCCUAUCAAAGAGAUGGCUGAUGUUCUGUCUGUUGAAAGUAAAGCAAUUGACCUUUCUAGGGAUACUUGGGUGAGGAUGAAGAUUGGGACCUAUAAAGGAGAUCUUGCAAAGGUAUUGGAUGUGGACAAUGUGGGACAAAGAGUUACUGUAAAGUUGAUUCCAAGGAUAGAUUUACAGGCUCUUGCAAAUAAGCUGGAGGGUAGAGAUGUUGCCAAGAAAAAAGCAUUUGUUCCUCCAGCUCGAUUUAUGAAUAUAGAGGAAGCAAGGGACCUGCACAUUCGUCUUGAUCGUAGAAGAGAUCCUAUGACAGGGGACUACUAUGAUUACAUUAAUGGGAUGAUGUUCAAGGACGGGUUUUUGAUCAAAACUGUAUCCAUAAAGUCUAUUAGCACACAGAACAUACAACCCACUUUUGAUGAGUUGGAGAAAUUUCGGCAACCUGGUGAAGGUGAUGGGGACAUUGGCAGUUUGUCAACAUUAUUUGUGAAUAGAAAGAAAGGACAUUUUAUGAAGGGUGAUGCUGUUAUAAUUGUGAAGGGAGAUCUAAAAAAUCUAAAGGGAUGGGUUGAAAAAGUUGAGGAUGGAAAUGUUCACAUUAGACCAAACGAGAAGGGCUUACCGAAAACACUUGCUAUUAAUGAAAAAGAUCUCUGCAAAUAUUUUGAACCAGGGAAUCAUGUGAAGGUGAUCUCUGGCUCUCAUGAAGGUGCAACUGGUAUGGUUGUUAAGGUUGAUGGCCAUGUGUUGAUAAUAAUAUCCGACACAACUAAAGAACAUAUUCGAGUGUUUGCUGAUCAUGUUGUUGAAAGCUCAGAAGUGACCACAGGUGUCACGAAAAUUGGGGACUAUGAACUGCAUGAUCUUGUAUUGUUAGAUAAUACAACCUUUGGUGUAAUUAUACGGGUAGAAAGUGAAGCUUUCCAGGUGCUCAAAGGGGUCCCAGAUCGUCCAGAGGUGGUGCUUGUGAGGUUAAGAGAGAUCAGAUCCAAAAUAGAUAAAAAGUUAUUUGCUCAAGAUCGGUCCAAGAAUCCCAUCUCUGUAAAAGAUGUUGUAAGGGUGCUUGAGGGGCCAUGCAAGGGGAAACAAGGCCCUGUAGAGCACAUAUUUAGAGGAAUUCUGUUCAUAUAUGAUCGUCACCACCUUGAGCACGCUGGAUUUAUUUGUGCAAAGUCUCAGUCAUGUCUGGUUGUUGGUGGCUCGAGAGGAAACAGAGAAAAAAUGGGUGAUCCAUUGUCAUAUUUGAGAACUCCACAACGGAUUCCACAAUCUCCUGGAAGAUUACCACCUCGAGGGCCUCAAUCAGAUUUUGGAGGACGACAAAGAGGUGGUAGAGGGCAUGAUUCUCUCAUUGGGACUACAGUUAAAAUACGUCUUGGACCCUAUAAGGGUUACCGUGGACGUGUAAAGGACAUUAAGGGGACCACUGUACGAGUUGAGUUGGAGUCUCAGAUGAAGGAGGUCACAGUUGAUCGAAGUCAUAUAUCUGACAAUGUGACAGUGACAACCCCUUACCGGGAAACUUCUCGAUAUGGUAUGGGCAGUGAGACUCCUAUGCAUCCUUCUCGUACUCCAAUGCAUCCCUACAUGACCCCUAUGAGAGAUGCACGAGCUACACCCAUCCAUGAUGGUAUGAGGACGCCCAUGCGUGAUCGAGCAUGGAACCCAUAUGCACCAAUGAGUCCAGCUAGGGAUAAUUGGGAGGAGGCAAAUCCUGCUUCUUGGGGAACAAGCCCACAGUAUCGGCCGGGAAGUCCUCCCUCUAAGACAUAUGAUGCACCCACACCUGGUUCGGGUUGGACCUCAACACCAAGUGGGAAUUAUAAUGAUGCACCGACUCCUAGAGAUAAUGGUUCGGCUUAUCCCAAUGCUCCAAGUCCAUACUUGCCAUCAACACCUGGUGGGCAACCCAUGACACCAAGUUCUGCAUCGUAUUUACCUGGUACUCCUGGUGGGCAACCAAUGACUCCAGGAGGUGGUGGCCUUGAUAUGAUGUCGCCUACAAUAGGUGGUGAUAAUGAAGGGUUAUGGCUCUUGCCCGAUAUUCUGGUGAAUGUAGUGAAGUCAGGUGAUGAUACCAUGGUGGGAGUUGUCCAGGAAGUGCUGGCGGAUGGAUCUUGCCGAGUCGCCUUAGGAACAAGUGGCAAUGGUGAGGUGAUAACUGUAUUGCCAAACGAGAUUGAAUUAAUACCUCCAAGGAAGUCGGACAAGAUCAAGAUCAUGGGGGGUGCACAACGUGGUUCCACGGGUAAAUUGAUUGGUAUUGAUGGUUCCGAUGGUAUUGUAAAAGUCGAUGAAUCACUUGAUGUUAAGAUUUUGGAUAUGGGUAUUCUGGCGAAGUUGGCACAUUCCUGAUGAGAAUAAAUUGUGUUGUUUUUUCUUAUUUCUAUGAGUUAGUGUAAAUUUUGUUCUAUGAAGCACAUUGUAUAUUUUAGCUAUAGAUCAAUAUAUGGCUUUCAUCUUCUUUUUCAUGAA